AUGGCAAACAUGAGGCACAUGCAAUGGUCUGAUCUUCCUCCUGAACUUAUCACAGACAUAGCAGAACGUCUAGGCCUACUGGAGGUUAUGAGAUUCCGCAGCGUCUGCCAGUCUUGGAACUCUGCCACCUCUUCUACAAUGUCAGCCAAAAUUGAAUCUGUACUAAAAUAUGAAAUUUGGUUUCUACAUUAUGGUUAUGAUUCUGCUGGCCAAUGCCAGUUGGUAACGGCUGAAAAUGGUAACAUUACCAUGAAUCUUCCGGAGCUGGAUGAAAGUACAACUUGCAUCGGUUCGUACCAAGGAUGGCUUCUUAUGUUCAAACAAGGAGGGUCAAUGUUCUUCUUCCGCCCCUUCUCGAAAACAAAGAUAGACCUUCCCAAGUUCCCAAACUCUGAACUCACUAACCAUGUUGCAGCAUUUUCAUCUCCUCCCACUUCUGCUGAUUGCACAGUUUGUGUCCUCAGCCGUAGCACUAGCAAUGAUGAUGAGUUGGAGCUUUAUCUACUUCGUCGAGGCUGCAAUGAAUGGAACCAGCAGCACAAGCUUAACAUUCCACGAUCCUCCAUUGAUACAAUUAAAUGUGCUGCUUAUAGCAAAGCAAGAGAAUUCUACUUUUUGGACCAUGGUGAUAACCUCCUCACGUUAUCAGUUACACCCAACCAAGAAAUUCGCUGGAGGACUUCUAAACUAGUCGAUACCAUUGACAAUUCACCAGGAACUUUUCAUCCUUGA